GGCCAGAACCGAAAGUGGUUUGCAUCCCGGCAGAAUAUAAGACGUCUACAUCGAAUCCUCCCUCGAUCUCUGUAAACAUGACUGCACUCGGUCAAGCUUUGUCUAAUCCCAAACCCAUCAUGCCAAACGGCACGAUGCAUGGCAGUAGGAAUGAGGUUUCGGUACUGGUCAUCAACACCGGAGGAACAAUCGGAAUGAAGAGUCAUGGCGACGUCCUCGAACCGGAGGAAAAUGUGUUUGUGGAGGGCCUGCGAAAGCUGACCACCUUCCAUGAUGAGCGAUAUGCCGAGGAAACGUGCAUGUAUGACUUCUACGGUAACCGGGACAAAACACUAGUCCUGCCGGUGUACAAGGACAAUAAACGGGUAGUGUACACCUUUCUAGAGUACAGCCCCUUACUGGAUUCCUCCAACAUGACGACCGAGGACUGGGCGAAAAUCGGAAAGGACAUCGAAAAAAACUAUGAGGGCUACGAUGGCUUUGUGAUCCUUCACGGGACGGACACCAUGGCCUACACGGCCUCCGCCCUGUCCUUCAUGUGUGACCACCUGGGCAAGCCCGUCAUCCUCACUGGCUCCCAGGUGCCAAUUUAUGAAAUAAGGACCGAUGGCAGGGACAACCUGCAGGGGGCGCUGCUUUUGGCUGGUCUGUUUCACAUUCCGGAGGUAUGCCUGUACUUCCGCAACAAACUGUACAGGGGAAACCGCGUCACCAAAGUGGACGCUGGAAGUUUCGAUGCCUUCACCUCCCCUAACCUGUCCCCCCUGGCCAACUUGGACGUGGAUAUAACAAUCAACUGGGACACGGUGUGGAUAGCCAACCGCUCCAACAAGUUCGCCGUGAACACAGAGCUGAACCGCAACGUGGGCCUGCUGAGGCUGUUCCCUGGCAUCACCGCGGCAACCGUGAGGUCGUUCCUGCAGCUGCCCAUGGAGGGCGUGGUCCUGGAGACCUACGGCACCGGGAAUGCCCCCGACAACCGCCCCGACCUCCUGGCCGAGAUGAAGAAGGCCACCGACCGCGGCGUGAUCAUCAUCAACACCACCCAGUGCCUGAGGGGCACCGUGUCCAAGGUCUACGCCACAGGCGAGGUGCUGUAUAAAGCAGGGCUGCUGCCCGGCAUGGACAUGACCCCAGAGGCGGUCCUCUCCAAGCUCUCUCAUGUGUUGGCCAUUGAAGGGCUGGACCUGCAGACCAAAAAGAAGAUGAUGGCCGAGAACCUGCGAGGGGAGAUGAUGGCAGACCUGGCCAAGCUCAACCUGCGUGACAGCCGCUUCAUCCAGGUCAUCGCCAAGUCGCUCAGCAUCAGCUGCGGGGAGGAGCUGGUAGCCAUCCGCGACGCCCUGACCCCCCCGCUGGCCUGCGCCGCCGCCAAGAUCGGAGAUGUGGAGGCCCUGAAAUCCAUCCAGGAAAUGGGGAGUAACCUGAGUGUGGGCGACUACGACGGACGCACACCGCUGCACAUCGCUGCGAGUGAGGGCCACCUGAAGGUUGUCCAGUACCUCCUGGACCAGGGGUCCACCAUCCACAGCCGGGAUCGCUACGGCGACACACCCCUGUCUAACGCAGUGCGCUUUAGACGCAAAGACAUUGUGAUGGUCCUGCGGAAGGGCGGAGCCCACCUGUCCCGAGAGCAGCUGGCCGUCUCGGGCACAGAGCUGUGCAGCCUAGCGGCUAACGGAGACCUGGAUGGUCUGCGGAUCUGGAACCUAGCCGGGGCCGAUCUGACCACCCCCGGGUAUGACGGACAGACGGCCCUUUCAGUGGCAACGGGGGCUGGCAAGUUGGAGGCCGUCGCGCUUAUUAAUGAGUGCCAGGGAUCAGGACAAGUAGGAUGAUGGUAAUGAUGGUGACGGGGGUGAGAGGGGGAUCAAGCCCAGCGCCCCCCCGGAGGGAUGCUAGACCCGGGAGGGCUCCUACGCCAGCCAGGCUCACUCAUUGCCCUCCCCUGAGCGCCGCCAUCACCUCCACUCCAAAGAUCCAGCGAGUCCUGCCGCUUCAGCGCUUCCUCGUUUCCUUUGUCACGCGCAUCUCCGUACGCCACCAAACACGACCCUGCGGACCUUUAUUUCUGGCUGCACUUUAACCCGAUGUUAUGUGUGUGUGUUGUUUUUUUAUGAUCAUCUAUUGUAUGUUCUUGUAAAUUUUGUUUUACCACGUGUCUGUACAAGGCAAUCAGGGAAUCUGCUGUCAAUGGCUCAAAAAGAUGAGAACUUGAUGAAGAAAUUGACGCGCUUUGUCUGGGAAUCUGUAUCCCACCUGCUGUUUAAGACAUCCGCUGUCCAAAGACCGUCCCAUAUGGGGGUUUAUGAAUUAAUGUCUGUCGUUAGUUUGUGUUAACUUAUUAGAAUUGAAUACGAGAUUGAAUCGUUGAAUAUUGUGAAAUGGAAAGACAGCAUAUACAUGCAAACGUCCACUUCGUCUAUCUGGUAUUUGCUGAUUCGAAAACGUGUGUGUGUGUGUGUGUGUGUGUGUGUGUGUGUGUGUGUGUGUGUGUGUGUGUGUGUGUGUGUGUGUGUGUGUGUGUGUGUGUGUGUGUGUGUGUGUGUGUGUGUGUGUUUGUGCUUUAUUAAAUGGCUACACUUGCACUUGAGAUUCUUGAACGUUUGUAUCCGGCCUUCGGUAUGCUUCUGCUGAACUAAUUGCGCACUGUGCUAGACUUCUGGACUUUAAACUGAAGAGGAGUUGUUAUAAUUGCAGCGCUUCAUUAGCACUUUUGAUCAUUGUUUGUACCCAAAGCCAAUGUUAAAGUAGUUAACUUGAAUGUAUUCUUCUAAAGCAAUCAAUUAAGGAUUGUGGGAGUUUUUUAAUUGCUAUCAAACAAAACACACAGUUAUUCAGGGUUUCGGUAAGGGUUUUGUGUCCCUGUCAUAUCAACUAUGUUUAAAUGCUGUUCCUCUUUGAUUCGAAAUGAAAUGCAUGAAAAACCUUUGAUAAAUACGUCCCAUGCUAAAUAAA